UUAGUUUUUUGUAUGCAUUUUUCUAUAGUUCUAUUUUUUAUUAUCUAGCAUAGCUACCUAUCUUAAGAGGAUCUUUCAAUUGAUUUGUGGACUUAUCUAUUUGUUCAUAAAUAUUAGAAUAUUCUAAAAUAUCAAAACAACAACUUACCAACAUGACUUCAAGUUUAUUAGUUCAAAAAAUGAUGUCAAUAAAACUAAGUACAGGCGAGUUCGAAAAAAUAAAAUGGCUUAGAUCCAAUAAUAACGAGAAAACAUUUAAAACAGUUUCAUCACUAAGAAAGUUAUUACAAAAUCCAAAAUACAGAAAAACCUGCAGACUGUGUCUGAAACCGGCCAACAAGAGGGUGUUUGAUGGCAAUGAUUUUGAUGUACCUGUCGUAAUCAAACAAAUGUUGCAGAUACAGGUAACCCAGAAUGAUGAUAAACCACAGUACAUUUGCAAUGCAUGUGAAGUAGUACUCCGGAAUGCUGACCAGCUGAGGCAAACUGCUGAGGUCACCCAGUGGAGACUGCAACAGGAACUUGAACUAAUGACCAAUAUGGAAUCAGAUUCUGAAGAGAAAGAGAAGAAGCCUCAUGGAGGCUACUUUGUGAAAAAAGGCGCGACUGUCGUACGGGAAUGGAUUUGUGGAAAAUGUCGACAAACAUUUGAUAGCCAGAAGAUGUUCACGGAACAUGGAAAACUGCCGUGUUCUCGCGGCGAGAAGAGUUUCGUAUGUGAAACGUGUGGGCUAGAGCUGAAGUCUAUGACAAGAUUGAAGAGACACAUGCUUAUCCACACUGGGGAGUUGCUGUACCCAUGUGUUCAGUGCCCAUACCGUGGUCGUACUAAAUACGCGCUGAUGGUUCACGAGCGAGCUCACAGCGGCGAGCGGCCCCUGACCUGUCCACACUGCCCCGCCACCUUCCUCAACUCUUCAAAUCUCGCGUCGCAUAAGAGGAGACAUCUUCCGCCAGCCUAUCAUUGUCAUGUGUGUGUCAAGAGCUUUAGAUUUAAGGAGGCGCUGCAAAACCACUUGGCUACACAGCAUAGCACAGCUAAGCCCCAUGUCUGCAAUGCAUGCGGAAAAGCCUUUUCAACCAGAAAGAUGAUACGCCGUCACGAACGUAGAGUCCACAAUAGACCGAAGUUGCGUUCUGGAGUCCUGCCUACAUACUUACGGCAGCAACAGCAGGAACAAACGACAUAAAUCCAGCUCCAAGUUUAUCGCAGUAUUAGCAGUUGUAAUGAAGUCAUACCUGCUUAGUAACAUUAGUUACUAAUGUUCAGAUGUACCAGAGCAACGAAGUUCACCAAAUGCUGACAUUUGGUGGACAACAAUUAUUGUUGUAGAUGUUUAUUUAUUUGAAACUAUUUCCGUCAGAAACUUUUCAAGUAAACUUCAGUUGAGAUUAUGUAUAAACAUCAACUAAAAAUAAUACAAAAGAUAUCUGGAGUUGUUGAGCCGAUUCCAGAUAUUUUUGUACUUCUGUUUAGCUAGAACUGUUAUCUUGUAAAAAUGUAUAUCAAGCAACACUGUUGUCAAAUA